AUAAAGACAUUUCAUUGUAUUCAUUUAUUUAAAACUUACUCUUGUCUCCUGUGUGGACUGUCCUAAACCUGGACUCAUCUGAGACACCUGGAGACACACCUGGAGAGACACCUGGAGACACACCUGGAGACACACCUGAGAACCAGAGCUGCCAUGAAUCUUAAAGAUUUGAACCUCAGACUCUGUGGUAGUAACAUAAAGACGGAGGUUCCUGUUCUCCCCUGGUAUUAAAAUAAAUCUGCACAUGAUCGUGGUCAGACCUCAGCUCCGUGAUCUAUAGACUCAUUAGUUCCUCUUCUAUAGGAACCAGAGGGAGAUGGUGCAGGUCUGUGUCAAUGUGCUUCACUACAUCUCAUUAGAUGACCAGUUGUCUCCAUCUAGUGGACACACAGUAGAACUGCACCAUCUGCUGCGUGAUUAUAACUCGGGUUCGACUGGUUUUAACUCUGAUGAGUUUUUAGAUCAAAUCCAGGACUGAGGAGUAAGAAUCAGCAGCUUCUUCUCAACACAUGAAGGUGGAAAGUGUCUGGAAGUCAGUGAGAAUCCAACCAGAGAAAUCUGGAAAUUUCUCAUAACCUGGAUCAAUAGGAUUAUAUUCAGUCUAUCACUGACUGAACUGUAGAAGUCUUUCUUUGUGCUUAUUCUCUGUUUCAUUUCUAGUAGACUAUAAAUGCUGUAGAAUACAUGUGUGGGUUAAAGUAGAGUGGUUGUAGAAUGAUUUCCAUGUAUCUGUGUUAGUGAUUAAGAAAUGAAACCAACAGCAGUUUGAAUGUAAUCUGAUCUGAGUCAUCAGAGUCUGAACUGGUCUGACAGCUUUUAACUUGACUGAGUUUAUUUUAACUGUGUCAACAUUGGAUCUUUCUUGGUUUCUCUAAAGCAGCUUCUGUACAGUUCAUGUGUUCAGUCAACUUUAAACACCUGUGGUAACUCAAAACAAGAACCAAGUCAAACACACCUCCUGCUCAUUAACCAGCCAAUCAGCUCAGGAGGUCAGAGGAAGGAGUCAGGAAACAGUCUCCUCUGACACUGACUGGGUUUCCUCCACAGGUUGGACUGGUUUUAAUUCUGUCACUCUCAUCUAUUUUUAGACUCUGAAGUUAUGAGGAUCUGACUUCGUCCUCAGAUCAAGUCCAGGACUGACGAGGGACAAAGAGCAGCUUCUUCUAUUCUACUAAAUAUUUUCUCCACACACGAAGGUGGAAAGUGUCUGGAAGUCGACCUGAAGUUCAGAAGAUAAGAAGAAGGUGGACUCGGCUAUGGAUCAGAGUGAGGACACACAGGAGGGAGUCCCUCCCUCUAAAACCACUCUGAGGGGGGACCAUGAGAACCACACCAGAGCUCAGAGGAUCCUCCAGCAAAGACCAGACUCUCCUGUACCCAGCUGUGUGUCCAUAAAGAGUGACCAGUCUAUGGGUAAACCGAUCCAGUUUGCAGAUGGACAUCAGUCUGUCCAUGAAGGGAUCCUCCAGCAAAGACCAGACUCUCCUGUACCCAGCUGUGUGUCCAUAAAGAGUGACCAGUCUAUGGGUAAACCGAUCCAGUUUGCAGAUGGACAUCAGUCUGUCCAUGAAGGGAUCCUCCAGCAAAGACCAGACUCUCCUGUACCCAGCUGUGUGUCCAUAAAGAGUGACCAGUCUAUGGGUAAACCGAUCCAGUUUGCAGAUGGACAUCAGUCUGUCCAUGAAGGGAGGACGAGAAUGAAGCAGGAGGAGCUGGCUGACUGUCUUCAGAGCGGAACUGGUGCUGCACAGUGUGGACGUAAAGUUAAAUCUAGUCUGAAGAAGAAGUUCCAGUGUGUGUUUGAAGGGAUUGCUAAAGCUGGAAACUCAACCCUUCUGAAUGAGAUCUACACAGAGCUCUACAUCACAGAGGGAGGGACUGCAGAGGUCAAUGAUGAACAUGAGGUCAGACAGAUUGAAAAAUCAUUCAUGAAACCACACAGACCCGAAUCUAUCAUCAGACAAGAAGACCUCUUUAAAGCCUCACCUGGAAGACAUGGACCAAUCAGAAGAGUGAUGACAAAGGGAGUGGCUGGCAUUGGGAAAACUGUCUUAACACAGAAGUUCACUCUGGACUGGGCUGAAGACAAAGCCAACCAGGACAUCCUCUUCAUAUUUCCAUUGACUUUCAGAGAGCUGAAUGUGGUGAAAGAGAGAAAGUUCAGCUUGGUGGAACUUGUUCAUCACUUCUUCACUGAAACCAAAGAAGCAGGAAUCUGCAGCUUUGAAGACUUCCAGGUUGUGUUUAUCUUUGACGGUCUGGAUGAGUGUCGACUUCCUCUGGACUUCCACAAGACUGAGAUCCUGACUGAUGUUACAGAGUCCACCUCAGUGGAUGUGCUGCUGACAAACCUCAUCAGGGGGAAACUGCUUCCCUCUGCUCGCCUCUGGAUAACCACACGACCUGCAGCAGCCAAUCAGAUCCCUCCUGAGUGUGUUGACAUGGUGACAGAGGUCAGAGGGUUCACUGACCCCCAGAAGGAGGAGUACUUCAGGAAGAGGUUCAGAGAUGAGGAGCAGGCCAGCAGGAUCAUCUCCCACAUCAAGACAUCACGAAGCCUCCACAUCAUGUGUCACAUCCCAGUCUUCUGCUGGAUCACUGCUACAGUUCUGGAGGAUGUGUUGGAAACCAGAGAGGGAGGAGAGCUGCCCAAGACCCUGACUGAGAUGUACAUCCAUUACCUGGUGGUUCAGGCCAAAGUCAAGAAGGUCAAGUAUGAUGGAGGAGCUGAGACAGAUCCACUCUGGAGUCCAGAGAGCAGGAAGAUGAUUGAGUCUCUGGGAAAACUGGCUUUUGAUCAGCUGCAGAAAGGAAACCUGAUCUUCUAUGAAUCAGACCUGACAGAGUGUGGCAUCGAUAUCAGAGCAGCCUCAUUGUCCUCAGGAGUGUUCACACAGAUCUUUAAAGAGGAGAGAGGCCUGUACCAGGACAAGGUGUUCUGCUUCGUCCAUCUGAGCAUUCAGGAGUUUCUGGCUGCUCUUCAUGUCCAUCUGACCUUCAUCAACUCUAGAGUCAACCUGAUGAAAAAAAGACAUACUAUGUCAUGCUGGCCUGGAUGGUUUAACAGAUCCAAACUACCACAUCUCCAUCAGAGUGCUGUGGACAAGGCCUUACAGAGUCCAAAUGGACACCUGGACUUGUUCCUCCGCUUCCUCCUGGGUCUUUCACUGCAGACCAAUCAGACUCUCCUACGAGGCCUGCUGACACAGACAGGAAGUAGCUCACAGACCAAUCAGGAAACAGUCCAGUACAUCAAGGAGAAGAUCAGUGAGAAUCUGUCUGCAGAGAGAAGCAUCAAUCUGUUCCACUGUCUGAAUGAACUGAAUGAUGGUUCUCUAGUGAAGGAGAUCCAACAGUCCCUGAGAUCAGGACGUCUCUCCACAGAUAAACUGUCUCCUGCUCAGUGGUCAGCUCUGGGCUUCAUCUUAAUGUCAUCAAGAGAAGAUCUGGAUGAGUUUGACCUGAAGAAAUACUCUGCUUCAGAGGAGGCUCUUCUGAGGCUGCUGCCAGUGGUCAAAGCCUCCAACAAAGCUCUGCUGAGCAGCUGUAACCUCUCAGAGAGAAGCUGUGAAGCUCUGUCCUCAGUUCUCAGCUCCCAGUCCUCCAGUCUGAGAGAGCUGGACCUGAGUAACAACAACCUGCAGGAUUCAGGAGUGAAGCUGCUGUCUGCUGGACUGGAGAGUCCUCACUGUAAACUGGAAACUCUCAGUCUGUCAGGUUGUCUGAUCACAGAGGAAGGAUGUUCUUCUCUGGCCUCAGCUCUGGGCUCCAACCCCUCCCAUCUGAGAGAGCUGGACCUGAGCUACAACCAUCCAGGAGACAAUGGAUCAAAGCUGCUGUCUGCUGGACUGGAGGAUCCACUCUGGAGACUGGACACUCUCAGGAUGGACCAUGGUGGAGAGCAGAGGUUAAAGCCUGAUGUCAGGAAGUAUUUCUGUGAACUUGAAGUCGACACAAACUCAGUCCAUACAAAACUCAAACUAUCUGACAACAACAGGAAGGCAACAUGUGUGGAGGAGGAGCAGCCAUAUCCUGAUCAUCAAGACAGAUUUGUCCACUGUUAUCAUCUGCUGUGUAGAAAUGUUGUGACUGGUCGAUGUUACUGGGAGGUUGAGUGGAGUGGAAAGGUUCACGUAUCAGUGAGUUACAAGAGAAUCUCAAGGAAAGGAUACCUGAAUGAUAGCUGCUUUGGAUUGAAUGAUCAGUCUUGGACUCUGAUCUGCUCUGAUUAUGGUUACUCUGUUUGGCACAACAAGAGAGAAACACCCAUCCCCUCGUCCUCUGUCUCUAACAGAGUAGGAGUGUAUGUGGACUGUCCUGCUGGUAUUUUGUCCUACUACGUAGUCUCCUCUAAUGAACUGAUCCACCUCCACACCUUCAACACCACAUUCACUGAACCUCCCUCUCCUGGACUUGGAGUCUGGUAUGGAGUCAAAUCACUUGGUUUCUCAGUGUCUCUGUGUUCUCCGUAGGAAGGAGAGAUUUAGCUCAGUGGUCUAAGUGUUGAUGGCGGAUGAUGUUAAAGUUUUGUUUACAGAUGAAUCACUGAAUAUGUCUUAUCUUAAAAAUAGUUAUAUUUUAACAUCAGCUAUUUGAUUGUAAACGUGUGAACUAAAUAGAACUUCUUGGUCUCAGUGAGGAGAUAAGCAGCAGCGUUCUUUACUUAGUGAAGAUUGAUAUUUCCCAGGAGAUUGAUAAAACACAUUGAGGCCUGCACAGGAAAAGUUCAUGCUGGUCCAUGAUUUCAAAGAGCUACUUCAAAACCACCUUCAUAAUCCCAGCACCAAAGAAACCUGUUGUGCAGUUUUUCUUCAGCAGUGCUCAGCUCAGCAGUAACAUUACUCUGAGGAUGGAAGGUUUUAGAAUUCAGUCUUAAUUACGACAGGUAAUAUUAAUGGUAAGACAUGAUGAGUGACCAAGUUUUUUAUUAUUAAGAUGUUGCUCUGUUAUUUGAGGUCAUCAGCUCUGUUUGACCCAAUGUGAACCAGACAGUGUUGGGCACGUUACUUUUAAAAAGUAAUUAGUUAUAGUUACUAGUUACUUCUCCCAAAAAGUAACUGAGUUAGUAACUGAAUUACUCCUCUAUAAAAGUAACUAGUCACCAGGGAAGGUAAUUAUUGCGUUACACUUCCCUUUUUUAAGUUGUGUUUAAUAAUUUGUAUUUUUUCUUAGCCGGUUUCACAACCCACUUGCAUAGAGUAGAAUUGUAUAGACGCGUACUUACACAGAACUUUUAAUAUUUAUUGCCCCUCAGACUCCAACUGGUAACAUAUAAGGCUUUCACAUCGGCUAAAGUCCCUGGUCGGACCUCCACCUGUGAGAGCUGCUGCCUAUUUUUUCCUCCCUCAUACGUCAUCACGUACAUUACAGAUAACGUUUCAGUUUGUUGAUGACCUGUAGAAUGGACCCGUCAAACCCCCGCUCUUUCUAA